AUGUCGUCGGAGAAAGUCUGCAGCCACCACAAGAACAAGCGUCAGAAGAUCCUCCAGCGGUGCUGCGGCGGCCUCUGCGCCCUCAUCGUCCUGCUCCUCCUCGUCAUCCUCAUCGUCUGGGCCGUCCUCCAACCCCACAAGCCCCGCUUCGUCCUCCAGGACGCCACCAUCUUCGUCCUCAACGUCUCCGCCCCCAACGUCAUCUCCACCACGCUCCAGGUCACCGUCACCUCCCACAACCCCAACUCCCGCAUCGGGAUCUACUACGACCGCCUCGCCGUCCGCGCCAACUACCACAACCAGCAGAUCACCUACGCCACCGCCAUCCCCGCCGUCUACCAGGGCCACAAGGACCUCAACGUCUGGUCCCCUUUCAUCUACGCCAACAACGUCCCCAUCGCCCCUUACAACGGCCUCGCCCUCGCCCAGGACCAGUCCGCCGGCGCCGUCCGCCUCACAAUCAAGAUCGACGGCCGCGUCAAGUGGAAGGUCGGCACCUUCGUCUCCGGCAGAUACCACAUCCACGUCACCUGCCCCGCCUACAUACCCCUCGGAAACUCCAAAAGCACUGGGAUCGUCGUCGGCGGCGGCGGCGGCAACGCCAUCAAGUACCAGCUCGCACAGGGUUGCAGCGUCAGUGUAUGA